UCGUGAAAAAAACUUGGUGGUGUUCGGACUUGACGUUCCUGUGUCGAAAGUAAUAAGUUGUCGUGCAAGGAAAAUUUAUGAAAAAUUACAAAUCGAGUGUUAAAUCCAUUCCAAGGGUGUUAUAGAAAUUAUUUGGCAUUUUCGUUUUACUUGUGAAAAGAUUUAGAAUAUAAAAAAUGGCUGGUGGUAAAGCAGGUAAAGAUUCAGGCAAAGCUAAGGCGAAGGCGGUAUCUCGAUCAGCACGAGCGGGGCUUCAGUUCCCAGUUGGUCGCAUACAUCGUCAUUUAAAGAGCCGCACAACAUCGCAUGGCCGCGUUGGUGCAACGGCCGCCGUAUAUUCUGCUGCAAUUCUGGAAUACUUGACUGCUGAGGUGCUGGAAUUGGCAGGAAAUGCUUCAAAGGAUCUUAAAGUCAAACGUAUCACGCCGCGUCACUUGCAGUUGGCAAUUCGUGGUGACGAAGAAUUAGAUAGUCUGAUUAAAGCAACAAUUGCCGGAGGUGGUGUUAUUCCACAUAUUCAUAAAUCGUUGAUUGGCAAAAAGGAGGACAAUGUUCAGGACCCACAGAGAAAGAAUACUGUAAUUCUUUCCCAAGGGUAUUAAUUCUUAUUUUAUAAUAAAA